GCGAUCUUGUUAUAGGCUGUUGUUGUAGGCUCUUCGAGGCUCUAAUAAGCCACCCGUGGCCCCUCGGAUAGCAUACACUGGUAGUACUAGUAGAACUGUACUAAGUACUAGGACACACUGCAGCAUCUCAGACCUGCCAGUACUGCGGAACUGUCCUGUAUCUACUCCGAGUCGGGCAUCUCCCUUAUUAUUAUUGUUACUCCUUCGUUGAACUCGACCUUGUCCUUGUCACGACCUCUUCUUGGACCCGUGGAAUUCAUCACCACUGGUACCCUGCAAGUCAUAUCACCUACCUGCAGCUGUCCUGUGCAGUGGCACCCUGAUCACCGUUACCAUUGUACCAGGCGUCGACCCGAACCAAACGAGACCGACCCAGACCAAACAACAAUACCGCCAUCCCAUUCUCCCUCCGCAGCCCUGACACCUGGCUCACAACUCCAAGCAGUGGCGACACAAUCAAACAUCCCGUUUCAGGCUGCGCUGGUUACUCGACCUCGGGUUUCGGACCAGGCCCCGUUGCCGUUGCGGCUGCUGCUUCUUCACCGUCGGGUACUUCACUUCUAUACAGCAUAGUUCCUCGUCCUCCGUAACGUCAUCCCAUGAUCUCGCCGCCUGUCUCUGUCACCUCCCAACCAGGGGCAGACCUCAAUAGAACUUCCUCUCGUCGGAGAGGCCUGAGUUACCUUCGUGCCCUUUCACACAGUCGGUCCUCGGGCGGCACCAGUCCGAACGAGGCCUCUCGUUCCCCGAGACAUUACUUCCAACGAUCUCACAGCUACAACGAUACUCGACCCGAUCCGUCCACUGCUACUCGGCGAAGAAGUGCUUCGCGGCCAAACGAGCCUACGACUCCACUUGCCAUUCACACUCGAUUGAUUGCUACAUCUCAAGGGACUCCACGGCCGUCGUCGCCGUUAGUCGCAGGUCAUCCCGCCCCGGAGACCGCAGAUCAGGUGGAUGUGGUCUCAGAACCGGCAGAGCAGAAUACAGACGAGAUGGCAAGACAACGAAGUUCUAUGGCGCGGAGAAACACGAACAGCAAUCAACCCAUUGAUGAUGGCGCGGUCGAGAGAUCGGAUUCGGGCGGCCUGCGUCCCCCGAACCUCAGGAGAAUGACUACGGGCACGAAAGGCGACUCACACGAUGGCGAAGCCAAACAUCAACUGCCCACUAUACGAUUUUUCCCCCAUCAGGAGAUGAGAAAUGGCCGGCCAUCUCUUACAUUUACCCCCAUCUCGAGAACAUUGCCGAAUGAGCACGCCGUCAUCCGGGUCGGUCGGUAUUCGGAGCGUGAGGGAAUCCCUGAGGCCAACCCCAGCACACCUUCCGACGCGCCUGUGGGCUUCAAAUCCAAAGUGGUCAGUCGAAAGCACUGUGAAUUCAGUUUCGUAGAUGGCCAAUGGCAGAUCAGAGAUGUCGCCAGUUCAUCAGGCACGUUUCUCAACCACAUCAGGCUCAGUCAGCCCAACACUGAGUCCAAACUAUUCCCAAUCAAGGAUGGGGAUAUUGUUCAGUUGGGCAUCGAUUUCCGCGGAGGCGAGGAAAUGAUAUUCCGUUGCGUCAAGAUCCGAAUCGAGUGCAAUCGGUCAUGGCAGAAGAAACCCAACAACUUCAACAAGAGCAGACAUCAGCAGCUGCAAAGCCUCGCCAAAGAUCAAGCGUCAGCAAAUGCAAAUAGUGGCGAAUGCGCCAUCUGCCUUGGUUCUGUACUGCCUUGUCAAGCAUUGUUCGUGGCGCCUUGUGCGCAUUGCUGGCAUUACAAAUGCAUUCGUCCCUUACUCGAAGGAAGAAACAGCCUGUAUCCACAGUUUCAGUGUCCAAACUGCAGAGCGUACACCGAUCUAACUGCAGAUGUCGACAUUGCCCAAUCUGACAUUGAUGAAUGGAUGGAGAAUGCAGAUGACGCGGCAAAUCAGACGGGCAAUGAGAAUGGAGAAGCGCACAACGAGACGGAUGCCAGUGUCAAUGCUCAUACGGAUGGCGAUGCCACUGACGAACAACGAUCGGACGACAUGGAUGCUGCGAAUGACACAGGAGAUGUCGACAUCACUACCACAGAUAUUAAUCUUGACCCUGCCCCUGAGCUUACAUCAGGCUUAGGCGAUGGAUUGGAAGGCGGCCCGUCCACGGCAGUGGGAGCUCAAAAUUCUGGACUUCUGGCGCGGAGACAAGCCUCCAAUCCCAGUUCGACCGGCAUACACUCUAUGAACGGGAACCUUGAAAUGCCCCAACACCCAGACGAAGACGAGAUGGAUGUCCACUUGGAGCAUACCAGGACACAAACCCCGGACAUUGAGCACAUCAAUCCCGGCGAGGGACCACUUACUCCGAGAAACAAUGCGGGACCUUUUGUGUUUGAUGGAAGUGCUGGGCGCUCUGACGCUGGACAUUUGUCAGUGCCCGGAAAUUCAAAAGUCACGGACGGUUCCGAACGAUCCCAGUGAGGGCCAUACGUUGGCAAAGUCUGGGAGUGCUAUGGUCACUGCUGUUGCGCAAGAGAAUGAUCAAGUCGCCGGGAAUUUGCUGGAGGGAGGGUGGCCUCUGCAGUGCAGAGAAACGGCAGCAUGAGGAUUCCAAGUUGUGCAUUGUGCAAAAGUCUAUGCGAGCAUCAGUAGAGUGGGCAUAUUCCCUUAUUAAUGCUCCUACGGGAAGGUGGGGAAUGCCAUGGUCAAAAAAAGGGGUGGUGAUUUCGUGUUCUAGAGCGAGUUCUUGAGCGUUUCUUUAUCACUGGCAUGAUUGUAAUGUCAUAUUAUCCUGACCGCUUCGGUCACAGAUUGCCUGCAGGGCAUCCAUCCAGCAUGCGCUCUCGGUUGAAAAAUCAAUGAUGCACUGAAAAUGAGCACCAUUGCAUGGAACAGAACUGGAACCCAUUCCAUUCCACAUUGAUCUCAAAUCUCUUUCG